GCCAACCACAACCCACAACAUCGUUCAUACACCCACCACCACAUUCUCACCCGGACUCUAUGUCUUCCGCCCGCGCCAUUCUUCUCUUCUCAUAGCCUCAUUCAAUCGUCUUGCCCAGCUGCGGCACUCUAUUCCUUCAAUUGCAGGAGCUUAGACUUCCGCCUUCCAUUCGUUAUUCCGGGUAGCGGCCUAGGCCCGGAGACAUCUGUAGCAUAAUGUUGUUCCAGCGGCCAUGGGCGAGCUUGUGCCUGCUGGCCGGGAGCUUGGUGGGGACCUGGGCAUUGGGAUUGAGUGAGCAUCCAGAUAUUAAGGCUAUUUCUCUACGGACGCACAGCCUUGAACCCCCUUACCUCGACUCGGACAUGCAAAGCCGCUGGUUCGACUUUGGCGGCGACACCAUCAUUCGUACCGACAAAUACAUCCGUCUCGCCUCGGACAAGCCCUCACGAACCGGAUGGAUAUUUUCAAGAGUGCCUUUGACCGCGACAAACUGGGAGAUCAUGGUGGAAUUCAAGAUCCACGGCCAGGGGAACCUCUACGGCGACGGCUUCGCAAUGUGGCUCACCAAGCAGCGCGCACAAAGCGGACAAGUCUUCGGAUCGGUAGACAACUUCGAAGGUCUCGGUGUUUUCUUCGAUACAUAUAAGAACAACCGACCAGGCACAGUCUUUCCCUACAUCAUGGCCAUGAACGGAGACGGAAAGACACCAUACGACAAAGACAACGACGGCAAAGCAAACGAGGUUGCUGGCUGCUCCGCCCGUGGCAUCCGCAACGCCAACAUCCCCACCAAAGCCAAAUUCACCUACUUCGCUGACAGCUCCCUCAAACUCGAACUACAAUACAAAAACGAAGACGAAUGGACCGAAUGCUUCGACAUCCCCAACUUCAAAAUCCCGCCCGUCGCCUACCUGGGCUUCUCUGCUGAGACUGGGGAACUCUCCGACAACCACGACAUCAUCUCUGUUAAGACGCUCAACCUCUAUCAACACAAUACCGGCUCGAAUGCUGCGGCCGCCGCAAAUAGUCCUGGGAAAGGAGGCAGUGUGAAGCCCAGGACUGAAGGAGGGAGUUGGAGUUGGUUCUUUUUUAAGUUUGUGCUGUUUGGACUUGCGGUUAGUGGAGCGUAUGUUGGGUUUACGAUUUAUCGAACUAGGCAGCGGGAUAGGUUCUGAAGUUGUGGUAAAGACGAAAGAGAGGAUGAGCUAGAGUAGAUGGGGAUGAAGGUGGAGCAUGAGAGUUGCUCUUUGAUGCUUAUGUAUUGGAAUGGGUUGGAUGGAAAAGUGAUGGUGUCGUUCUUCAUAGCGUUUUCAGUCCUAGCGUAUUUGCACACCCCUCCUAGUGAACAAAUUUUUCAAGGCAUGCAUGAUCUUA